AAUUAAAAUAAUCAAAAAUAAUAUUAAUAAAAAUUCAACCAAAAAGACAAAAAAAUUUAGCUUAAGUAAAUGGAAUUCUAAGGUUUCUCUUAUAAAUGUGAAACAAACCUUCAUGAAAAUUAAAACAAUAUUUCAUGCACAGGUUAGUCUUAUUGUGAAGAAAAUUAUAUUUCUACAAACAAUUAUGCUUCUUCAUUUUACAGAUAAGAUAAUGAGUAUAUUUAACCUAAAUAGAAAAUAGAUGUUUAACCUUAAUGUUAAAAUAUUCAGAAUGAAGAUGGAUAAUUAUAAUUUUAUGAAAGUUAUAGAAUAAAUUAAGGAUUACCAAUUUAAAAAGGAAGUUAAACAAAUUUUUGCUAACAAUUAGAUAGCCAAACACACCUUUUAUGUAUUAAUGAAUAAAAUUAAUUAUCUCAAAGUUAAAUAUGUGGUUCUCUCACUUUUGCCAAUGAAUCAGAAAACUUCUAUUAAUAGUAACAGCAAGAAUAGCAAAUGUUAUAAUUUGUUCCAUAAAACUAACACUUAUGGAUAGAAAACAGCUAAAUUGAUGAAGAAUCUUGUGAACAUGAGUCUAAUUUCGAAAAUUUUAAAUAGACCUCAACAGAUUAAAAUGAAUAGAAUAAGAAUAGUCAGUAAAUAGUAGUAUGUAAAAAAAACAAAUUUAGUUUUACUGAUGUUUUAUAUGAAACUCAAUAACUCAACUAUCGAGAAAAUUACUAUUUGAUAGGAGAUCUAUUUAUAAAUGUUAAUAUGUACUUAGAUGGUGCUAAGAAGAACAGGAGAGAUAGGUCUUCAAUUUGGAAUUAAAUUAGACCUGUUACAUGCAUUUAAGUUAACUAAGCAGGUUAUUUUUCAAUUGUAGUUGAUGACACAUAAGGGGCGUUAGAAGAUUUUGAUAGAGUUAUUUCCGUGCUUGACAAAUAAUAGCAUGGACAUGCUCAUCAAUAAGCAUAAUGGCUUAUUUCUUAUAAAUAGUAUCUUAAUAAUCUAGAUAAGGCUAGAAAAAAAAUAUAUGAUGAAUAUUCGUAUAACACAUAGCUUAUUCAAUAAAAACUAGCUGAAAAUACUAUAAAAUCUUUGCAAAUGGCUGAGGAUAUUUUAUAAAAAUAUUAUGCAGGAGAAAACGAUUAUGUAAUCUACUCUUAUCGAAGAACAAAUCACAAUAACCUAACUUAGACAUUAUAUAAAGGAGGUAUGAGCAAGGCAAUGUAAAAGUUGAUUUAUAUAACAGAAGAUAACUUCAGGAAUGAUACGUUACGCUAUGGGAUGCUAGAGUUAUUCAAUUUCGAAGGAUAUGAAUCAGUUAAUUAUAGUUAUAUUUUUGGGUAGUCUGGUAAAAUUUAAGGAAAAAAAGAAUAUAAAAACUUUACACUUUUUACUGUUGAUGAUCUUGAAAUAGAACUAGACAUGGAAGAAAUGGCAUAUGAAUUAUCUAAAAUAUCUCUUUCAGCUGGAGGAACUUGGUUUUCAGAUUAAUUAAGAGUGUAUAAAUUUACAGUCACUCCAUAUAAAUUAUUUUAAUUAUCUAUCAUGAGAAAAGACCUAAGUAAUCUUUAUGGAGAGGAAUUCUACAAAAAUACAGAGUAUUACUAAAAUAGCAAGUCAUUUAUAUCAAAAUAUUAUGAUUAAAAUAAUUAAAACUCAAAAAAAAUAUUAAGAAAUAAAAUUAUUUUAAAAAAUUAAAAUUCAUGA